CUUGUGAGCCUCCAAACGAAAAUCAUCUUGAGAAAAUCAGAAAACUAGCAUUUGUGUAAUUUUGUUUUUGUUUUUUAACUUUUUUUUUGUGUUGACAAAAUGGAUUCAAGAUCAGAGCUUUACGAUGAUGGUGAAUUCGUGAUGGCCGAGUUCGAGCUCGAUGACGAUUUGAUAGUGGACAGUAAUGGCAUGCAGUCAGGUUCCACUCUACUGGUGUCCAAUGAGAGCAAUGGUCUCCUCGGUCACGAGGAUUUGGCCAAGUUCUUUGAGCUGCAGGGCGGCUUUCAGAUACCCGCCGAGGAGGUUGUGGAACGCACGUUGACAGAUCCGGCGCUAAUGGGAAUCCUACAUGACGCCAACGGACAGAUCGAUUUUGAUCCGGAAGCAGAGCAACUCAAAUUACGCGAGUUCUUAUCGGGCGUUAACAAUUGCAUGGAACUGAAUGCGUUGCCAGGUGUGGUGGUCGAAGAGAAUAAAAGUCCAGCCCUCCGUUUCAUCCUGUGCUCCAAUUGUAGCGGAAUCUUCGAUACGCCCGCAUUCCAAAAUCACAUCUGUGAAUACGAUGCGAACCAGAAACAAAUCGUAGCUCAGCAAUUACCACCACAGCCGGAGAAGGCAACUUUGUCACCAAGGAUAACGAGCAGCGAGCGCAUCAUCGUUGAGAACCAAGUGCGCAUGCGUCGCUAUAUAAAGGAUGAGCUCAAGUAUGAUCUGGAGACGGGUUACGAUAGUUCCAAGAUGAAGGAGUCGACGGUCAAGGGCACCAACGAGUGCAGCAUCUGUGAGCGCAAGUUUGUUCACUCCUCCGGCUUGGCGCGUCACUUGGAGAAGCAUGCUCUGGACCAAAUCCCCGCACAGGCAACGCAGCAACAGCAUCACGCAACAAGGCUUGGCGUUCUUGUUGUCCUCAAAUGCAAUCACUGUGGACGCAUUUUCUUCAACGUCAAGCUGGCGCUGAAACACAUCCAUGUGCAUCGCUCGUCUAGCGACGUAGUCCAAUCCACAAAUGUGGAUAAAGUGAAAUUAAAGCAUCAUCUCGAAUUGCUACUGAUGGAAGUCAAGCAACUGCAAUUGAUCACCAAGCUGGCGAAGAUACCGCUGGAUCGGCAGGAAGAAAUGUUCAAUAACCAUGUUGUGGCUAAUGUCCUCCAGUGCGAGUUUUGUGACUAUAUCUUUGCCGAUGUUGCCGCGCUGCUGCGCCACUCGGCCACCCAUAAGCCGGAGCAGCGGUUCGAGUGCACCGCCUGUGAUCUGCGCCUGACCACCGCCAAGGAGGCCAGUGUUCACUACCAGACCGACUGUGUCUAUAUGCGCGAGGAACUCAAGGAACUGCAAGUUGCGCUAAAUCGUCUAUUUGUGUGCAAUGUGUGUAAGCUGAAGUAUGCCAACGUGGAGCUGCUUCAGGAGCAUCGCUACAGUUGCCUUCACUUCUUUCCGCGGCUCAGCGAGACCGGCACACGGCUGAUGUUGCCCUGUGAGUUCUGUGCCACAAAUUUUCAGUGUGCCACCGAGAUACAGGCCCACUACGAGGAGAAGCAUCUCAAUCGGAAGAAGCGGGAGAAGGAACAGCUGCGCAACAUCAGCAGUGCAGCUUCGUCCAAGGUCCGACUGCGUCAAUAUCUAUGCGACAUCUGUGGCAAAUCCUACACACAGUCCAGUCAUUUAUGGCAACACCUCCGCUUUCAUCAGGGUGUGAAGCCAUUUGUUUGCCCGGAAGCGAACUGCGGUCGCAAAUUCACCAUACGUCCGGAUCUCAAUGAUCACAUACGAAAGUGUCACACUGGGGAACGGCCGUAUCAUUGUUUGGUUUGUGGCAAGCGAUUUCUCACCGGCUCCGUGUUCUACCAGCAUCGACUCAUCCAUCGUGGCGAGCGGCGAUACGAGUGUGAAGAGUGCGGCAAGCGUUUCUAUCGCGCCGACGCUUUGAAAAACCAUCAGCGCAUUCAUACGGGCGAGAAGCCUUACGAUUGUCCAUUCUGCACGAAAACGUUCCGGCAGCGUGGCGAUCGGGAUAAGCAUGUGCGGGCGCGUCACUCCCACUUGGAUGAGAAUGCUCGCCUAAUGAUGCGAAUGCAGAAGUUUGAACUGGAGAAGGCGGCUGCGCUGAAGGCGAAGCAGUUGCAUGAAGUGGGAAUUGAAUAUUUGGUAGAGUCGGGGGAUGCGACGUCUAUUCAUUCGGUAGCAUCUCCGUCAUCACUUGAGCCAAAUAUCGAUUAUAGUGAAUACCCCGAAGAAACUGAAUUUGUAUCAAUGCCAAUUAAAAAUGAGGAGACAGAUAUAAUGUCGUAUAUGGAAUUUGAGGGAGUAGAAUCAAUCGAACCACCACCGUUCAAGCUGGAAAAUAAUGGAAACGUCAAAGUUGUCGUGGUUGAAAAUAAUUCUUUGCAGCCAUUCUAUUUCUAAUAACGUGUUCACCCAUUUUUCUAAUGCUAUGUUAAUUCUAAAUGUUAGUAAAUCAAUUUUAAAUUUGAA